ACCAAGCUGCUCCUUGUCCGUCCCCCUCUUUCCGCCGAGUCCCCCGCCGCCCCACAAUGCUUCACUCAGGGUUUAUCUCCUCCACUCUGAAUAAAUAGAGACACCUUAUCUGCGCAGAGGAGAGCGGUGAUAAAUGCUUUCUCCUGCUCCUCGCAAGGGUGAAAAGACAAGCGCGCCUCACUUCUUCAUCAUAGAUGCUCUUUUCGGGGCAACGGAAUAGGAGGCAUUUCUCAUUCGGGUCAUGGUGGUGUUUGAGAAAAUUGCAAAACAAUUCUGAGAAGCCGAAUGCAAACUCCCACCCUGUAAUACAACAGAGAAGAAACCAACAGAAAAGCCGUUUCCUGCCUUUUUUCUGGGUAGUAAACAAACUUUGGUGGUGGGAUCCACUCGGAGUCGUGUUGAAUCCAGCGAAGCAGCCUCUGACCAGCGGAGGAGCAGAGGGAGCGACUUGCUGGCCGCUAAGCGCUCUGGUUGUUUUGGAUCCCAGGCCCUUAAUGAAGCUGGGGGUCAACAGCAGCGUGCGGCUAAUUGGCCAAGUCUGCUCGGGGCUCCGGCUGCCUGUGAUUGAAGUGUCCAGCGAGGGCCCACUGUGCAGCUACCGCUGCACCCUGCUCUGUUCCACUCCAACAGCCAAGACGCUCGCCGCACCCCUGUCUGCCUCUUCCUAAGAUGGAAAGCUGGGUCUCCCUCCUCCUCUUCCUCUGCCGUUUGACUGUACGAGCCCAGGAGGCGAGCAGCAGAACCCCAGUCUCAGAGUUCUCCUCCGAGACCCCCAUCAACAAUGUGCUCCAGGACCCCCAGACUGGUCGCAUCUACUUGGGAGCCGUCAACAACAUCUUUCAGCUGGGGCCCUCGCUUCGACUGGAGGCUCGGGCCGAGACGGGCCCCAAAGAGGACGCCCGGACCUGUACCCCCCCGGCCUCCGCCUGCCAGGACACCAAGCCCAUGCCCAACCUCAACAAGCUCCUGCUGGUGCACCCGACCAACGGCUCGCUCAUAGUCUGCGGCAGCCGCUACCGAGGCAUCUGCUCCCUCCUCAAUCUCACCAAUGUGGAGCAGCAGCUGUAUUACAGCGACAAUAAAGGAGAGAGGACUUACGUGGCCAGCGUAGAGGACAAUGUGAACGUGGUGGGCGUCAUGUCCACCUACGUCAAAGAUGGAGAAACCUUCAGAGUGUUUCUCGUCGGUAAGGGCUACGGAACCCUGGACAGUACCAAACUCAUCAGCACGCGGAUCCUGCAGGACUUCCGGGACUGGGUCGUGUUCGAGAGCAUCAUCGAGGCGUCCACGGUGCAGACGAUGCCGUUCGCUCCCAGGUACCUGCACGACUUCCGCCACGCCUUCAAGGAGGACGGCUUUGUCUAUUUCCUGUUCUCGCGGACCCUCGAUGGCUCAGACAACAAGAACCUGACCUUUGUGUCGCGUCUGUGCGAGGACGACGACCAUUACUACUCCUACACCGAGCUGCAGUUGAACUGCGGCUCGCGCAACCGAUACAACAAGGUCCAGGCUGCGUUCGUGGCCUCCCCGGGGAAGGAGCUGGCGCGGGUCAUGACCGAAUCGGGCGCGUACGGGAAAGUGGUGUCGUGGAGCAAGGUUCUGUUCACGGUGGCGAGUCCCGACGGCGACGACGGCGACGCCGCUCUCUGCAUGUACCCGCUCCACUACAUUAAUGAGAAGCUGGUGGAUAUCAUCAGCGCCUGCUACAGCGACUCGGGCAAAAUCGGCAGCUUUCCCGCGGUGCACAUUCCCUACUCGAGCAAAACGGAGGAGUUCUGCACGUCAAACAUUGCAAAAGACCUGUUGGAAGACUUCAAGUGCGGCGCGGACUUCCUGCCGUCCCCUCUCGCCAGCAAGCCGAGGUUCGCCCUGGUGGCGCCCGCCGUGCUGACCAUGCCCAGUCUCCUCAGCGCCGUGGCCGUCACCGUGGAGAACGACCACACCGUCGCCUUCCUGGGCAACAGCCGAGGAGACGUCUUCAAGGUGCACCUGACGGAUCAGCCGUACGUGUACAGCACGGUGCCCGGCGACGCGGCGGGCGAGAGGGUCAACAAGAACCUCUUCUUUGACCUGAGCCACAGCAGCCUCUACGUCACCACAGAGAAAAAGAUCACCAAGGUGCCGGUGCAGACGUGCCUGGAAAAGGACGACUGCCAAUCAUGCGUGGAACUGAGGGACCCGUACUGCGGCUGGUGCGUCCUGGAGGGCAGGUGUACCAGGAGGUCUGAGUGCCGACGGGCAGAGGAGAAGAAUGGCUGGCUGUGGAGCCCCAGGCAGCAGUGUGUCAAGAUCGUCUCCUUCUAUCCGCCGAACCUUUCCUGCAAAAAGACGGUGAAGGUGAAGAUCAACAUUCCCUCCCUUCCCACCAUCGGAGCCUCCGAUCGUCUGACCUGCACCGUGCGGUCCUUCCACAGCGUCGGCAGCAUGUCCGAGUCCGGCCAGGUCUCCUGCGAUCUGCCCCACCUGUCGCACAUACCACAAACACCGGACGACCAAGACUUCGUGGCCGUGGCCAUCAGGGUUUUCGCCAACGAGACGGUGGAGCUGGCGUCUCGGGAGUUCAAGUUCUAUAACUGCGCCGCUUCAGUGAGGAAAUCUGAGAACACACCAUGCAUGUCGUGUGUGACCAGUCAGUGGGGCUGUCAGUGGAACACGCUCGACCACACCUGCAGCGACAUGGAUGACAACGUCGUGGGCACCAACAUCAUCAAGCAUCGCCAGGGAGCGAAGUGUCCUCAGUUCGAGAACCCGGACCCUGUGCUCAUUCCCGUGGGCUACAAGACGCGAAUCAGCUUUGAGGGGAUCAAUUUGGACUUCUACCAGAGUCAUUCCUUCACCAUCGGCACCGAGCUGAUGAGGAACGCGGAGGAAGACGUCAACUUCGAGGAGGGGCUGUUCUACACUUUCAGCGGGUUCAACUUUUCGUACGAUAAGUCACUGGAGACCAACGUUCUCUUCUACGUGAAGGACAAGGCGCUGAACAAGAAGAUGGACAGCACACUGAACGUGACCCUGUACAACUGCUCCGUGGGGAGGGAGGACUGUAGUCUCUGUAAGAACGCCGACCCCAAGUACAGGUGUGUGUGGUGCGCCAGGCAGAAGGCGUGCGUGUACGAGAAGCUGUGCAGCACCCAAGGCUCCCAGAGUCCCUACGACGUGGAGUGCCCUGACCCCCAAAUCACUGGUAUCAUCCCUCACUUUGGACCCAUGCAGGGAGGCAUCUCCGUCACCAUUCGCGGCUCCAACCUCGGCAUCCACAGGGAAGACAUCAAAAGCAUCAGAGUGGUUGGAGAGCCUUGUAUCCAUCAGGAGGAGAAGUACUCUGUCUCUACGAGCGUGGUGUGUGAGAUCGGCCCCGUGGCCCCUAAGGGCCCACACUGGGGCCCGGUGGAGGUGGAGGUGAAGGGCGGGAAGAAAGGAACGUCGUCGGUGCUCUUCACCUACAGGAACCCAAUCCCUGAGGGUGUGGAGCCUGAUAGAGGCCCCAAAGCUGGGGGCACCCUCCUUACAAUCACUGGCCGAUUCCUGGACACGGGCAGUCGGGACGACGUGCAGGUCACCAUCGGAGCGGUGGAGUGCGCUGUGGAGCAGUUUGGACCAGUGAUCACCUGCAGGACAGGAGAAUACCGGGCAGAUAAGGUGCCCUCCGACCUUCUCCCUAUCUCAAUGAAAUAUGGAAAGAGUACCACAACAACCAUUCCAAGUGCCUUCCAGUUCCUGGAAAACCCCAUUGUGACAGACCACUCCCCCAAAGAAAGCUUUGUCUGUGGUGGAAGAAACAUCUUUGUGACCGGUUCUGGCUUUGACCUGAUCCAGACUGCUAUUAUGAAGGUUCAGGGAGGCAACGUGACAUCUUUCGAGAACGCCGAGGAGAGAAACGACACGUUCAUCCAGUUUAAAUCCCCGACCCUGAGAAGCUCCCUCAACCAGCCCUUGAAAACCUACAUCCAGCUGGACAACUGGGAGCGGGAGCUGAAGCCCUUCGUCUACCACCCAGACCCCGUCUUCUACGAGCUGACGAAGAAGGUCAUCACCGAGACCAGCAUCAUCAGCGUCACUGGCCGAGGCUUCUCCAAAGCCAUGACCACCAAGGAGGCGCAAGCGUUUGUGGGCGACGUUCCCUACAUGGUCAACACGCUGCAGGACGAAAAGCUGUUCCUGGAUCCACCUUCGACUACACCCCGGGGGCGCUCCAGACGGCAGCACAGGGACACGCGGCCGGAGCUGCUGGACCUGAUGAUCAAGUUCGGGAAGGGGGAGUGGGUGGUCGGCUCGGUGCAGUACGAGCACAAGAACGACCUGUCGCUCUACAUCAUCAUCCCCGCUGUCAUUGUGCCCAUGCUGCUCAUCAUCGCCAUCUCCGUCUACUGCUACAGGAGGAAGAGCCAACAGGCCGAGCGCGAGUACGAGAAGGUGAAGCACCAGCUGGAGAACCUGGAGGAGAGCGUGCGCGACCGCUGCAAGAAGGAGUUCACAGACCUGAUGAUCGAGAUGGAGGACCACACCAACGAACUGAGCGAGGGACGGAUCCCCUUCCUGGACUACAAGACCUACACGGACCGGGUCUUCUUCCUGCCCUCCAAGGACGGCGCCAAUGACGUGAUGAUCACGGGGAAGCUGGAGAUCCCAGAGGCUCGACGGGCCAUCGUGAGCCAGGCUCUGAACCAGUUCUCCAACCUCCUCAACUCCAAGACCUUCCUCAUCAAUUUCAUCCGAACGCUGGAGCGCAGUCAUGACUUCAACGCCAGGGCCAAGGUGUACGUGGCGUCGCUGCUGACGGUGGCGCUGCACGGCAAGCUGGAGUACUACACCGACAUCAUGAGGACGCUGCUGCUGGAGCUCAUGAACGACUACGUCAACAGCAAGAACCCCAAGCUCAUGCUGCGCAGGUCAGAGACAGUGGUGGAAAGGAUGCUGUGCAACUGGAUGUCCAUCUGCCUCUACCAGUUCCUGAAGGACUCUGCCGGCGAGCCCCUGUACAAACUGUUCAGAGCCAUCAAGCACCAGAUCGAGAAAGGGCCCGUGGACGCCAGGGUGAAGAAGGCCAAAUACACGCUGAACGACACGGGCCUGUUGGGCGACGACGUGGAGUACUCUGUCCUGACUUUGCAGGUGCUCGUGCAGGGCGAGGGUCCGGACGUGACGCCCGUCAAGGUGCUGAACUGUGACACCAUCUCGCAGGUGAAGGAGAAGAUCAUAGAGCAGGUGUUCAAGAACUUGCCGUAUUCCCUGCGCCCCAAGGUCGACAGCGUCACGCUGGAGUGGCGUCCGGGCUCCACGGGGCAGAUUCUGUCAGACCUGGACCUCACGUCCCAGAAGGAGGGCAGAUGGAAGCGCAUCAACACUCUGGCACACUACAACGUGCGAGACAACGCCACACUGGUUCUGUCCACAGUGGCCCACACUCAGCAGAACUAUGACCAGAACCAGGAGAACCACGAAGAACGAAAUGCUCUGCUGGACGACGACAAGGUGUUCCACCUGGUGAGGCCGGCGGAUGAGCUGGACGAGAUCAAGUGCAAGAGAGGCAGCAUAAAGGACAAGUCCAUGACCAAAGCCAUUACAGAGAUCUAUCUGACGCGACUCCUGUCCGUCAAGGGAACGCUGCAGCAGUUUGUGGAUGACUUCUUCAGAAGUGUGCUGUGCUCGGGGGCAGUGGUGCCGCCGGCUGUCAAAUAUUUCUUUGACUUCCUGGAUGAGCAGGCGCUGAAACAUAAUGUGGAUGAGGAGACCAUCCAUAUCUGGAAGACUAAUAGCCUCCCUCUGCGAUUCUGGGUGAACAUCCUCAAGAACCCCCACUUCAUCUUCGACGUCCACGUGUCUGAAGUGGUCGACGCCUCGCUCUCCGUCAUCGCCCAGACCUUCAUGGACGCGUGCACCAAGAGCGAGCACAAACUCAGCCGGGACUCUCCAAGCAACAAACUACUCUAUGCAAAGGAAAUCUCCACCUAUAAGAAGAUGGUGGAUGACUACUACAAGGGCAUCAGGCUGAUGGUGCCCAUCAGCGACCAAGAAAUGAACACUCAUCUGGCAGAGGUGUCGCGGUCUCACUCAGAUAGGCUGAACACACAAGUGGCUCUCCAUCAGCUUUACCAGUACGCCAGCAAAUACUAUGACGGGAUCAUCGCAUCCCUCGACGAGGACCCAGCUGCCCAGAGUAAACAGCUGACCCUGCGGCUCCAGCAGAUAGCGGCCGCCCUGGAAAACAAAGUGACUGAUCUCUAACACGCUGGUCGGCACCAAGGGAGGAUGGAGGAGGGGAAUGGAAGGAUGCUGCCAGUGACUACGGGGGCUUAGUUCUUGUGUUUUGUUUUGUUUUUAAAGCGAAAAACACACGGAAAUGAGGGAAGGUGAGAAGGGACUUUUUGUGCUGCAGAGUAAGGGGGGACUAAUGAAAUGCAGAUAGAGCAAAAAGAGGAAGAAAAUGAUGGGUUACGCUGUCAUAGGUACGCCUUAAAGCUCACUUGCCAAACCUUAAAGGUCUGCGCGCUCGCUCAUGCUUCACUGAAUAUUGCCUCCCACAAUGCAGCGUGGGAGACGGCUGUCUGAGAAUUAGGCCCCUCCGUGGAGCACUGGCACAGGAGAUAAUCAGAUGUUCAAUUUCUUUCUGUGUAGAAAAGGUUUUAAGAAUUGUAUUAUAUAUUUUUUUUAUCGUGCAGUCUUUAUGCGGAAAGCUUUAUAAGGAAAAAAUAUCUUUUUAAAUGGAUCACCUUGUGGUGCACAUAGUGUUUUUAUUAGCCUGUGUGUGCGUAGAUGUCCGUGGAGAGCGAGCGCGUGCGACGGCGUGUGUUUGUGUGGACCGUGAGAGUGCGACUGGGAGUGCGUGUGCGCACACAGGAUGCCUAACGCCAGGCGCGAGGGCGAAGGGACGCCUGCUUUCUGUCAUUUUAAUUCCCCGCAUCCAGUGACACGCUGGACCCCGCUCUCAUCGAGCUUCUUGACAGAGACCAAAGGGUCCUCGCAGGGACACCGGUUAAUCUAGCAAUGUACAGGCUCAGUAGAACGACAGGUCAACAGUAAUUUCAGAAACAUUACACUUACAUUCCUUUCUGCUUUCCACUCGGAUUUGCUUGGAGCUGGAGUGCCACUUGUGCUGGUAGAAAUCGAUAAUAGCACAGUCUGUCUCCCUUUAUUGUACAGUGCCAUGAAACAUUCCACUUCAACUAAAGCACAGAAGGACGUAGAUGACAUUUUUAAAGACAUUUCAGUUAAUGACUAUUUUCAGAUAUAUUGUUUUCUGGUUUAUGAUGAAACUUGUUCUUUUUUUUCUCAACUGUCAGCAAGAAGCAGCUUCGCUCCGCCAUGGAGCCGUGCCGCUCACAUUACCCCGGCAAUAAUGUCAGAACACCUUGAGCCGCAUCUAGCGCUCACGUUAGCUUACGAAAUGUACUCGCAUACAGCAGCAACUCAGCAAUAUGAUUUGUAAUGCCAUUAUUUUACUAUUGUCAUUUUAAUGUUUGAAAUAACCAUUCGUUUAAGCAUUCUGCCUCUAAAGCUAUGAAAUAAAUCGCCUAAUGCAUAUGAUGAUAGUAAUAGACCAGAGACACAGUUGGUACUUAAAUGCUACGUUUUGAAGUGAACUCCAGUGGUUUUAGUGUUCUGUGGUGUUGGCGAGGUCAGGUUCAAUCAUGUACAUAAUUGUUAUCGUAAUUGGAAUAUUGAUAUGUCAAUGUCAGAGCUGAGGUGUUGGCAGGGUAGAAAUGGGGGUUUGAUAUUUCUUGGGCCAUUAAACGCCACUCCAAAUUGUAGGUUUUGCUGUUGAGAUGAUUUAAUUGUGCUCCCUGUAUCUGAUCAUGGAUGUGUGUAGUUGACAGAGCAUAACGAGCUCCAGAGACCCCAGAAUGUUAAUGAUUCCUGCCUUGGCUCCGGAGAGGUUCUGUACGGACCUGGAGCCUGCCUGCUUGCCUGCCUGCCUGCCUGCCUGCUCUCUCAGCAUGGUACCCUGGCAUCCCGACCAACAGCACUUGGCACUGCCCACUCAGCGCAGUGCAGAGUGGCACUCUGUAUAAUGGAAUCAGCAGGGGAGGCUUUUGAUCUUAAUUGCGUGCCGACUGCAGACUCCAUCCUUGUCUCCGCUGUUGUUUACUGCUGACUCUUCUCUCGCUGACAGAGUUGAUGCAAGAAGCUUCUUUCAGAGCCUUUCUUUAACCAAAAAUGUGCCUUAUUGAAUAGGAUGAUACAUACAGUAUAUAUUGUUUCUAAAUUAUUCUAUUGGUAACCUAGGUCAUUAUGAUAAUAGUGCUAUAGACAAAGCAAUGUAUUUGGACUUGUGAUAUUAUGUGUGCUGUCUAAAAUGCAAGACUGCCCUGCUGCAGCCGUUUGCGUGCCAAUAGGCUGAAGACAUUUCAGUAUGAUUUUCUUUACGGUUGCAGUUUCGAUGUGUGCAUUUCAUUUGGGUGUCUGUGGCGUGUGCUUAUUAGGACUUUGGUGGCUAUAAGGCGAAGAGCCAAAAGGAAUAAAACAGUGGCCAGUGUGAUUUGGCUUUCCCUUGAAAAUGUUUGGCAUUCUGAAAUUAGUCUGAAGUCAAAUGGUCUCGAUAUAUGUAGAUUGAAAAUAGCUCAAAAUUGUUACAAUGGUGUAAAUUUUUUUGCCAUGUGUUUCUCAGCUAUUCCACAAUGUGUAUGAUAAAUGACUAUCUAUACUCGACAAAUGACCUUUCUUACUGCUGUGCAGUGAUUUUUAUUUCUUGUUUCCUAUACCAUAUAAAUCUUUGUAAAACAUGUUGAAAUACUGUAUUCUAACUGUAUAACCCUAUGCAUUGAGUCCUGGGACAAAAACACAAAAGAGAAAAAAAAGUGUGUGCAGUUGUCGAGACUUUCUUUCCCACUUUGAAACUUGUGAAUGUGCUGUAUUGGUAAAAGAAACCGGAACACUCCAUUUUCUGUACAAGACCAAUAAUGGAAGCCAAUGUUUUCCUCCAUCCAAGGCAGCUCAGAAGAUUCUCGAUCUUGUACCUGAUCUGGUUGUACUGGAUGAAGCUAAUUUUACAAAGGUUGUGUGUGGACGGAGCAGUUACCCACAGGUUUCAUCAUACACUCCUCCAUGAAUAAACUCAGAGACACAUACGCCCUUCA